AUGGCAGGCCUCCGGCUCGCUAAAAGCUUGGGUGUCGAACGGCUGACGAUAUGUAGCGACUCCCAAUUAGUCGUUAACCAGCUGAUUACUGAAUUCGAGGCAAAAGACGAAUCCAUGGUGGCCUAUCUCGUGCAGACCUGCCGAUUGCUUGAUCAGUUCAACGCAUACCAAAUUCGGCAGAUCCCCAGAUCCGAGAAUAAUCAUGCCGAUGCUCUCUCAAGGCUGGCUUCGGCAAUCGACGAUCACGUCGGACGCCACGUACUGGUUGAAGUCCUCAAUCGAAUGAGCACUACCGAAGCCGAGGUAAACGUCGUCCGGUAG